AUGGACCGCAUCAAGGAGAAAAUGAACCAGCUCCGUCUGGAGGCUGACGAAUCCACUGCCAAAGUCGACGAGCUACAGACCAAGGUUAAGGCCCUAGAGCAGGAGAACCUGGCCAAGGAGCAAGAGAUCACCUCCCUCACCCACAAGAACGGCCUCCUAGAAUCCGAGAACGAGAAGAUGGACACCUCCAUCAAGGACUUGAAGAAGUCGGCCGAUGAGGGCCUGCAACAUGGUACGCACAACGAGACCCUGCAACGCAGACUGCAACUCCUCGAGGAAGAGGCAGAGGAGGCAGAUAAGACCCUGCGUGAGACAAAUGAGAAGCUCCGACAAACUGACGUGAAAGCCGGUCACUUCGAGCGCAAGGUACAGGCCCUCGAGAACGAGCGCGACCAGUGGGAGUCCAAGUACGAGGAGAUGUCCAAGAAGUACCAGGGCCUCCAGAAGGAAUUGGAGGACCUCCAGGCCGAGAUCGGCAACAUCUAA